UCCUUUUUGUUUUCUCUCUUCAUCAACUUCAUGUCCAGGAAUGAAAAUGGAUCUAGAUAUGAAAAGGUGUGAAAAAAUGCAAAUAAUUAUUUAUGCAGGGGCAUGAAAUAUAUCCAUGUGGAAUUCAUUUCAGGAUCACUCCUGACUCCUUUUGGUUCCAUUUCUUGUAUUGCCUUCCUCCAAGUCUGCUCCUUAGCAUAGACAAUCCAAGAUUCUGGCCAAGCUGGUAUCAUAAAAGUGAUGAAUGAAAAAAAUGAAAAGGAUGCCCCAGGCUUACGUGAUGUUUGGGAAGGCCUGUUUGAUGAAAAAUGGGCAAACAGUGCAUCCAUCCAGCGUGAGACAGAUGUCCAGACAAUGAAGAUGAACAUGUUGGCGCGUGCUAUGUACGAGUGCUUUCACAAACAAUGCAAGGAACUAGAGGCAGCUCAAAACAAAGCAAGAGAUGCUGAAGAAGCUCAUCAAAUGGCCCAAGAACAAGUAUCACAACUUGAGGAAGCAAAUGCUGAUUUGAGAAACAAGAUCUCAUUUUGUGAAGCUGAGGUCUCAAGAUUGCAGGCAGCUGAAGAGAAGCUGAGAGAAGUGACAAAGGAACAUGAACAGCUCAAGCAAAAAUUUGAACUGCUUAUGAAGAGCCAUCAAACAAUAUUGGAAAUGACCACCAAGAAGUCACCUACAAAAACUCCAAAAAAAGAAGGGAUGCAGAUGCAAAUGGUGGAUACUGUAUUCAAGAAGCCUAGUGCAAGAUCCUCCAACCAGGACCCAAUUUCAUUUGACAAGGGGCAAAGCCCUGUGCUUCCUAUGGAUCUAGACUUAUCAGCCCUUGGCUUUGUGCCUGAAACAGAUGAUGAUCUGAUGUCUGAGAAAAGUGAAGGUCCAAGCAGUGUCAUAUUCACGAGUACUUUAGUUCCCAAGGCACUUCAGUUACGCAAGAAGAGGAAGUUGAAUAUUCCUGUUAGUCCUAUUGCAAACUCAGCCCAAACUAAACAUAAUAGAUCAAGCCCUGAUCUCUUUGCUGCAGAGUUUGAUUCAGGCCCUCAAGAAAUUUUUCCUAAGCCUAUACGUGACUUUACUAUGCGUUCUAAAUCUUGUGCCAACCUUAGCCCUAGCAAAAGUUCCAAGAAGAUGAAGCAGCUGAAACUCAUCAAGCCCAGGACUGUAGACAAGUUGUUCAUUGGUAAGAAUAAUAAAAAUGAGUGUGGAGCUGAUGAUGACCCUGAUGACUUCAAAAAUAUUAUGAAACCUGGGACAUCAAGGAAUACAUUACAGCGAAUCAAGUCUGCCAAGUCUCUCUUGAACACCAGCUUUGACAGGUUGCCAGAGAAGCCCAAGAGUCCCUACAAAUAUAAGGGAGAGACAGUACGGAAGAAAGCCCAACGGCAGCAAAUGUAUGGGAAUGACUGUGAUGAAUGUCGGAAUUUUUAUGCUCUAAGUGAUUUGGAUGAUGCCAUGCUUCAGGAGAGAUUGAACAUUUGUUCACGCCAUCGAUCAAAGUACCAUGGAUUGCCCCCAUCCACACCACCAGGUAUUUGGAACCUCCCAAAGGACUUUCCACCUGAGGUGACUCCAUGAAGCAACAGAGGACAUCAUAAUCAGAUGGUUUCUUCUGUAUUAGGAAUAUUCUAUAAAUUGCUAAUGUUUCACAUCAUUCCCUUGUUUGGAGUUGUCUUUUAGUCUUUUUUUUGUACGUGGC